AUGGUCCGCAGAAACGAGAUUGACGACAUUGACUUGUCGAUACGCUUCAAAUUUGGCGUCCACACAAUCUUCCUCUUCGUAGACGCCAGUUCGCACUUUUCAGAUGUCUCCUCAGAGCUCCUAGAGGUCCUACAGGAGCGCUUCCCAGAUGGCCUCAAGGCGGACAAGGAUAGCCCCCCAACCGCUCUCCCCGAUGACUCCUCCCAGAUUGAGUUCGCCGUGCUCAGAUCACAAACGGACCCCAGUCUGGGUUGGAUACCGCUGCACGCCAAAUCAGACGACACCCCGGUCGGUAAGGGUCUAAAGGACAACCAAACUGUGGCGUUUGCUUUCAGGGAUGCGGCAGAUGAGGACUUUGGCGAAGUGGUGUUCGAGGUUGCUUUCCCUACUUACGAAGAGGAGAUGGAGGAAUGA